AUGUGGUCGCGGGUUUUGGGGGGUUCAGGCGGGUGCCCCCGCAGCCUGGGCGAGGAGUUCUACCGCGAGGCGCUGGAGCACUGCCGCAGCUACAACGCGCGGCUCUGCGCCGAGCGCAGCCUCCGCCUGCCCUUCCUGGACGCGCAGACCGGCGUGGCGCAGAGCAACUCCUACAUCUGGAUGGACAGCGCCCACCGGCGCCCCGGCCACUGUCCAGGCCAGCUGUACUCGUACCCCGCCCGGUGCUGGCGCAAGAAGCGGCGCCUGAACAUCCUGGAGGCGCCGAGGCUGCGGCCGUACCUGGAGGCGCCGCUGCGCCGGGAGGGGGCUCUGCCCGAGGGGCCGGUGCUGGAGGCGCUGCUGAGCGCGGAGACCCCCGAGACCCCCGAGGAGACGCCCGACCCGCCGAAGCUGCCCCCGGCCGAGUUCCCGCACGAGCCCGAGGGCCCCGAGGAGGCGGAGGAGGAAACCCCGCGGGGGGCGGGGCGCCGGAACCGCGCCCGCGGAAAGGCGCUGGGGCUGGUGAUGAAGAGGAGGGUGCCGGCGGCGGCGGCGGACGCGGCGCUGGAGGAGAGAGACAAACCCUUCGUGUGCGACAUCUGCGGGAAGCGCUACAAGAACCGCCCGGGGCUGAGCUACCAUUACAGCCACACCCACCUGCGCUACAAGAACCGCCCGGGGCUGAUGACCACUGACCAUUUCCCAUUAACCCUUUGUUCCCCAGUCUGCGGGAAGCGCUACAAGAACCGCCCGGGGCUGAGCUACCAUUACAGCCACACCCACCUGGCCGAGGAGGAGGGGGAGGAGCCGGGGGGGGGCGCGGGGCCCCCCCGCAGGAACCACCACCGGCAGUUUUACAAAGAGUUGAACUGGGCCCCCGAAAACCAGCGCAGGAACACAGGCCGCCCCGCCCCCCCCGGGGCCCCCCCCGAGGGUCCGUGCGAUUUCUGCGCCGGCGGGAAUCGAACCCGCGGCGGCGACGAGCAGCUGAUCACGUGUGCGGAUUGCGGGAGGGCAGGACACCCCUCGUGCCUGCAGUUCUCGCUGGCCAUGGCGGCGGCGGCGCGCUCGUACCGCUGGCAAUGCAUCGAGUGCAAAUCCUGCAGCCUCUGCGGCACCGCCGAGAACGACGUGAGGGACCCCCAAAACCCCCAAAUCCGCCCCAAAAUCCACCCCAAGAUCCACUCAAAUGCUGCCUAA